AUGCAGAUUCAUAGGUUCUCUUCAUCUUCCACCUUGAUUACCAAGAAGCCUCUUUAUCUAUGGAACUUGACGAUUAGAAGCUCUGUCAAUGGCGGGUUCUUCGCCCAAACUCUUGAAACCUACUCGUUUAUGCGCCAGUCUGGAAUCCAUGGCAACAAUUUCACCUUUCCUCUCCUCCUCAAGGCUUGCGCCAAUCUUGCUUCGAUCGGUUAUGGCACAAUGCUCCACGCCCACCUCAUCCAUGUAGGGUUUGAAUCAGACGUAUUUGUUCAAACCUCGCUUGUCGACAUGUACUCCAAAAUUUCUGACUUGCGUGCUUCACGCCAAGUGUUCGACGAAACGUCUACUAGAAGUGUCAUUUUUUGGAAUUCUAUGAUUGCCGCUUAUUCUCGUGGUUUUCGGGUUAAUGAAGCUUUAAAGCUAUUCAGAGAGAUGUUGGGGGGUGGAUUUGAGCCAAAUUCCUCAACUUUUGUAAGCUUAUUGUCAGGUUUUGCUGACCCAACUCAUGGAUCUCUUUUUCAGGGGCGUUUGCUGCACGGUUUCAUGACCAAGUUUCAAUUUCAUGAUGAUACGCCUGUUCAAAAUUCUCUUGUGCAAAUGUAUGUUAACUUCGGUCAAAUUGAUUCUGCUUGCUCUGUUUUUUAUGCCAUCAGCGAGAAGACAGUAAUUUCUUGGACAAUAAUGCUUGGUGGUUACUUGAAAGCUGGGGCUGUUGCCAAAGUAUUCGAAACCUUUAGUCAAAUGAGGCAAAAUAAUGUUGUAUUGGAUAAAUUUGUUUUUGUAGACAUAAUCUCCUCUUGUAUACAACUAGGAAAUUUGUCUUUAGGUUCUUCACUUCAUUCCCUCCUCUUGAAAACUGCCCUCAAGUACGAGGAUCCUAUUGGUUGUUUGCUCAUUAGCAUGUAUUCAAAAUGUGGAGACCUCUUGUCUGCUCGAGCAGUAUUUGAUUUGUUAUCUGAAAAAAGCAUCUAUUCAUGGACAUCAAUGAUAAGUGGAUAUGCCAAUGCUGGGUAUCCCAGAGAAGCAUUAAGUCUAUUUACAAUGGCAACACAAAAUAAUGUUAGACCAAAUGGAGCAAUGCUAGCUACUGCUAUCUCUGCUUGUGCUGAUUUAGGAUCAUUGAGCAUGCUUAGGGAGAUUGAGGCAUUCAUACAGCAGGACGGUUUAGCAUCCGAUUAUCAAGUUUCGACCUCGUUGAUACAUUUGUAUUGCAAAUUUGGAAGCUUUGAGAAGGCAGAAAAAGUUUUUAGUAGUAUGAUACAUAGAGACUUGGCAGCUUGGAGUUCCAUGAUGAACGGUUACGCCAUGCAUGGGAUGGGGGAAAAGACAAUGAAUCUGUUUCACGAGAUGCAAAGAUCAGGAAUAAAACCGGAUGGUUCUGUUUAUGCAAGCAUUUUAUUGGCUUGCAGUCAUUCAGGUCUAGUGGAAGAUGGACUAGAGCAUUUCAAGAACAUGCAGUUGGAUUAUGGAAUAGUACCUAACAUGGUACAUUACACUUGUUUGGUAGAUAUUCUAAGCCGAGCUGGUCAUCUAGAAUUAGCUUUGAAUACAAUUCAAGAGAUGCCUACCCAAUUUCAAUCUCAAGCUUGGGCUCCUUUCCUCAGUGCUUGCAGAACUUAUUGUGACGUUGAACUUGGAGAAGUUGCAAAUAGAUGUCUAUUAAGUUCAAAUCCUAGAAACCCAGUAAAUCAUGUUUUGAUGGCUAAUUUAUAUACAUCUAUGGGUAAGUGGAAAGAAGCAGCUAAAGUGAGAAGUUUGAUUGAUGAUAAAGGUUUGGUCAAACAACCAGGAUGCAGCCAGCUUUGA